AUGGGGAAGCCUCUUAGUCGACCGGGUUGCUUCAGGCAGUGCCCCUGCUGCCUUCAGAAGAGUGUGGACGGGGAUGGCUACAAUGAGGACGGUUACAUCCCCCAGCGCUCCAUCUACGACACUAUGUGUAUCAAUGAACAGAUUGACCAUGGCUCUGCUCAGAGCACCAUCAUCUCCAGGGGAGGCCAGGACAACAACUUCUCCAGCAACGGUAACCAACGGUUAGGGGCAGGUGCCUGCGGGGACAUGAUCACGUUCGAGGCACGAUCCACAACUCCCAUACCUUCCAUGGGUAGGAGGCUAGACGAAAGGGUGAUAUUUGACCAGCUGAAGCUGGUUGAAGCUGGCCAGAGCAGCCGUUCCCCAGGGGGGUUUGGGGGGAGGUCAGUGUCCCCCAGUGUCUCCUUGAUGUCAGCCCCUGGGGGAAAUUCCUCCUCCAGUGGCAAGAGACAUUAUCAACACCAGCAUGACAGCGGCAAGAGAGGGGACAACGGCCGGCACUCCUGGAAAGUCCUAACACCUCCCAAGCAUCUUGAACAUCUAGAACUCUCAUCUGGCGAUGUAAUGGAGAAGAAUUUCUUGACUCCUUUCUACCCACAACACAACACGACCUCCCCUCUCAUCUCACCCUUCUCUGGGUCACCUCUCUCCUCUGGCUGUCACACCCCUGUGUUCUACUCCCCAGCCAAACCACUGCCGUUUCAGCAUCAGAACUUCAUCUUCGAAGAAUCACCCCCCUCUCAGCCUCUUCACCCACCUCCCAAACCCCCUCUCGCCCAGCUCUCUGUCACGGCCCUCCAAUGUGUUCAAGAGGAUCUCAGAAGGAUAGGAGAAAGAGAAAGAAAGAAAGAGAAAGGGGGAGAGAUUGAGAAUAAAAGAGCGGUUUCCCACUCAGUGGGCUCCAUGUCUCAAGAGGAGAAUGUUGGGGUUUUUGGUUUUGCACCGAGGACGAAGGCACUGGACUCAGCCAUUGACAAUGAUUCUCCCUUCUCCCCAGAGCCACCCCAUGACACUACCCCCCUCUUGCUCAAUCAGAUUUCCCCAGGACCUGCUCCUGCUCGUGCUCUGAGCCCCCAGCCUAUGGAAUCCACCUGGCCUCGCAGGCUGAUUGUAAGGAAGAGAACUGUUAGACAAGGUGGUGCACUCCAUAACUUUCCUAUCCUUCCCCCUCUGCCCUCCCUGGUGGCACUUAGUGCCAUGGAGAGAAAAAACCUUCCCCGCCUCACCCCUUUCUCUGAGCACCAGGGUAACUUGGUAGGGUUGAUGGGUAGGGUAGGUUACUCCUUGAAGGAGCAACACUUGGACAAUUGGAGGGUCUACUCUGCAAAAAAAACUCUCCAAAAGCCAAAGGAGGAAUGGGAAGGAGGGGAGGAGACAGAAUGUAAAAGCAGCAAUGGCACUGAGUCAAGUGUAAAGGAGGGAGAUCCUGAAAGCAAGGAGCAGGAGGGUGGAGCAGGGGGUGGUGGUGCUGAGGGGGAGGAUGUGGAGGAGUGGGACACAGUGCUCGGUAUGGUGAACACACUGUGGGAUGAAGGCUGGGGGGACGCAGAGUCUUACACUGGCUCUCUGAGGCACUGGCCUCUGCUCAAACCCCCUUCUGGGUUUGAAGGAUCUCACCCGCCCUCUAGUGCUGCUUCUGAACUCUCUCUCCUGGAGCUGGAGAGGAGGGCCAAGGAUGUAGAAAGUGAGCUUGUGGCAGAACAAUGUCUGACAGAUUCUCUGAGAAAGAAAGCUUCACGGCUCACAGCAGGGCAGUCUAUUGUUUCUGGAACAGUCUCUGAACCUGAACAGAGCAGUACCCAACCCAGCCUGGAACUCCUUGCCAUGGGGUGUUCAACAGGGACAACAAAUGUCAAGGAAGACGGUUCACCUGAUUCCAACCUGACCUUGGAGUCAGAUUCAAGUGGAGUCUUCAUGUCGAACCCCAGUCAGACCAGCCAGGAAUACGACGCCUCAGAUGGUAGUGACAGACCCUUGACUGAGUCAGACUUGGGGAGCAACACAUCUCUGGACCAGGAUAAAGAUGAGGUGGCAUUUAAAGACUGGGGGAGGGAGGAGAGCACUGAGCUCCAGUGGUCCUACCCAUCACUCUUAAAGAGCUCCUCUCACUGUGAGGGAUAUGGGAUUGAGGAAGACGCACCUUUGAUGAAAGACACUGAAAUGGGUGAGCUGCAAUCCAGCAACAAUGAAGGGCCAGAUAAUCCAGAUCUACAUGAUGUUUUCACCCCUUUAAACCAGGCAGAAUUGAAACCGAGGAACAAGAGUGUUAAGAUCAUAUCGGGCACUGACUCCCCACUCCCCUUAUCCCCCUCCAGACAUGAGAUGCCACGGAAGAAGUCAGGCCUGGACAGCAGUGACCUGGAUCCGUUCGUCACUACAGAUAGUUUUGUAUACCUGGCUGUGUCUGUGCCCCCUGCUGUCUCACUGGCACAGGAGGAGUCCCCCUCUCUCCCCUCUCUGACUGAGUCAAUACCCUCAACCUCCCUUUCCAUACCGCUCUGCCCCAACGUUGAGGAGAGUGACUUCCUCUCAACAGAUAGCUUUGUGUAUCUGGCGGGUCCUGAGUGCCACCUGCUCGCCACAGAAGGCCACUCUUCCUUUAUUAGUUGUUCCAAGGAGUCCGACUCCUCCGAUGACAGCGGGUCCGGAGUGGACUUUGUGCUCGGCUCCAUGGUUGGAGACAGUGACUGGGAUUCUGAUGAGGCCGAGUCCAGCCCUAAGUCUAAACCAAUCAAACAACCAACAUGGGAUCUGUGGGAGGAACUAGAGCAGGAAGUGUUGUCUGAUCUAUUCUGUGAGGAAGUGAAACCAGUGACAGAGCCAGUGACAGAGGAAGUUACAGUCCCCGUAACUGAUCAACCAAGGAAGGUUACCUGGCAGUUCAGGGCCGCUGAAGGUUCCACUCGUCAGACGAGUAA